AUGGUUGGUGUAGGCGUCAGGCCGAUCUUCGGCCACCCUGCCAGGCGGCGGAUGCUCGCCUCAAGCAGGGAACUCGUCCAGCUUCGUGCUCCGUCGCCAUCAAUAGGCGCUAUUCGGAACCUUCGAAUCGGUAGCUCGAACACGCAACCCGACAUCGCCAUCUCGGACAUCCUCUCCAACGCAGCUGCAAGACAAGGCCUCAAAGCCCCUCUACCAGAUUCGCUCUCCCGCAUCGUUCGGUCAGAGCCUCCAGCUGGUCGAUCGUGGUUUCGCUCCUCUCCCGCGUCGAGAAGUGCCUCCUCGUCUUCUUCCGCUUCGAUCCCAGGGGCGAACGGCAGCCCUCCGAAGCGGUCUGGGCGCUGGCUCCGUCGGUCCGGCAUCCUAGUCGCAGCCUUCGGCCUCGGCUACAUCAUCGACGAAUACUUCAACGCCCGCACCGCACAACGCAACCUCCUCACCGCAUACACCGGCCUCCAGAUCGCCCUCGAUUACAAGCUCAACUUCGACCGCAACUCGCUCGAGUCGAUCAACGCGCUCCACGAGCGGUGCGCCGACAAGCUCAUGUACGUCUGCGAGAAGAACCAGGGUCUGUACGUCAAGCUUGGCCAGGCGAUCGGGUGUCAGGCGGCAAUCUUGCCGAAGCCAUACCAUCAGCUGACAAAGCUGUUCGAUAACGCGGAGAGGUUGCCGUAUGAAGAGGUGCGAAAGGUGUUGGUGGCCGAGCUGGGCGGGGAUCCGAAGGAGAUCUUUGCGGAAUUCGACGAGGUUCCUGUCGCAGCGGCGAGCGUUGCGCAGGUGCACAAGGCGAGACUUCACCCGUCGGAGGGUGCGCCACCGGGAACACCGGGUCCCGAGGUGGCGGUCAAGGUGCAGCGUCCCAACAUCCGCAAGUACGCCAAGUGGGAUCUCUGGUCGUUCAGGAUCCUGUUGAAGCUGUACGAGCGGAUCUUUGAACUGCCUCUCUCGUUCAGUGGGCAGUACAUCUCGGACCAGAUCGAGCAGGAGACCUUUUUCGAACACGAGCUGGCCAAUUCCUUGCGGGCGAAGAAGGCGAUCGAGACCGACCCCGAGCCUCUGGUGCGCAGGUCGUGCUACGUGCCGCAGUUCUACAAGGAUCUGUGCACGCAGCGGGUGCUGGUGAUGGAGUGGAUCGGCGAAACGUGUCGAAUGACGGACCGCGAGAAGCUGGAGGAGUGGGGGCUGAGUGCAAAGGGCGUUUCGCAAUCAGUGUGCGAGGCGUUUGCGAGUCAGAUCUUCCAGCACGGAUUCGUUCAGGCGGACGGGCAUCCUAGCAACGUGUUGGUGAGGAAGCAUCCGAAUGGCAAGAAGGGGCAGCAUCAGGUGGUGCUCAUCGACCACGGGUUGUACGUCGAGCUGAGCGAGGAAUUCCGCCGCAAGUAUGCACAGCUUUGGAGGGCCAUCUUUACGCUCGAUCUCAAGACGCUCGACGAAAUCACGGUGAGCUGGGGCAUGGGCGAGGGGGCGUCGGAGCUCUUCGCUUCAGCGACACUGCUGCGACCGUGGAGCAAGCCGAAGGACAAGGGCGAGGCGAACAAGGAAGGCGCUCACGCGAAAAAGACGGACCUAGAGCUGCAGCGCGAGAUGAAGGAGAAGCUCAAGAGCUUCCUGGUGCACACCGAGCUGCUGCCCAAAGAGCUGCUCUUCGUGGGUCGAUCGAUGCGCAUCAUUCAGGCCAACAACCAGGUGCUCGGCUCGCCCGUCAACCGACUCAACAUUCUCGCCAGACACGCCGCCGCCGCGCUCAUUAGCAACACGGAGACACCGAGUCUCUACCGGGUCUUCCGACCGCUUCGCAACCAGCAGUCAGCAGCAGGCGGCAGUUCGAUAGGUCAGCGCUUCGCAGCGUGGGUCAAGGACAGGAUCAACUUUGUCCGUUUCCGGACCACACUGCUCGCGCUCGAUCUGGCAUUCAUCGGAUCAGGCGUGACGCAUUGGUUCAGGUACUUCUUCCGAGCACCAGUGUCGGCCUUGAUGGGCAAGAGCGAUCCCAACAAGGGUGGGUUCGAGGACGAUUUGGAGCAGAGCAUGCGUCAGAUGGCGAGGGAUGAGUUUGGCGUGGAACUCGAUGAAGGCGCUUUCGUUGGGUAA